CCGUUCAGUGACCACGAAUAAUACUCUCAAGCUGAGGUUGGAGUUACGUUACCGGGCAUGAUAAAAAGUAUAGUUUUUCUAUGUGCGGAAACUCCAGUCUCGACUUGGAACUAUUAUUUGUGGUCACUGAACGGGACUGUAAAAUGGAGUAUUUCAUACGUGAGUAAAUUCCCAGAAGUAUCCUUUUACAGGUCCAGUAAUCGGUCGUCAGUAUCUUUUGUCUUGAGACAUCAUAACCUAUCGAUUUUAUGUUAUACCUGGAUCGUUUUUACGCUUCAUGUCUGAUGAUCAGUCAUGGACGCACUAUUUCUSGUAGUCACACCUCAUUGAACCAAGCUGGUACCCGCGACUGAGUGACUGCUCUUUCUUAUUAAGUUUAAUCAACCUGCUGCUGCCGACUUAAUCGCUUUUACUUAUGAAAUUGCUUACAAAUCAACAACCCUGGUCAAAUACACAGACAUCAAGAGGAGACUUCUCAAAAAACUAAAGGUGAUUAUUUAAAAAAACCUUUUUGAAGACGAAAUUAGCUGAGGAGGUAUGAUCUGAGACGUCUAAUUUAAAAGAAAUUAAAGACGCCAGAGAGCUUGGUUGUCGAUAGAUAAAAUACAACGGCAAUUAGACAAUGAAAUUACACGACUAAACGGUUUUUUACAGUUUACUUCUUCACUGACGCUUUCCGCCCCUUGAUAACGUAGUAGAUCACCAUGCCGCUGUUGGCCAUGUUCGUGGCACGGGCCAUGAUGAUUCUCGCAGUCAUUGGAAGCUUUUCCAUGUAUUUCUACGUGACCGUUCUGCGAUUUUCCCCUCUACUGGGUCGACCUCGGGUUGUCUAUCUACGACCACCUACUUUUCAAUGGGACAGAGCUGAUCAUAGGAAUGUUAUAAUAGUCACUGACUCACCUAAUGAUCCCAACAUCAUUGGAGAUCUGUUCAACCAACACCCAAAAGUCUUCUACGUUGAACAGCCUCUUUAUCCAUUUGAGAUGUUCAAGAAUCUAAACUACACGCGCAAAAGCGAAUAUAAUGGUCAAGUCAGAGCAUUCCUGGACAACUUAUUUCACUGUAGAUUAAAUGGAUAUAGGGAUUACCUGACGUUUCUGUCGCAUCCAAGGCUUUCGUCGCCUCGUUUUCGAUUGUCAAGCAAAGCCCUAUCCUCUCCUCCCUUGUGUAGAAAAGAGGUGAGCACUUACACAAACGAGAGUGAUUUCUUGAAGGACUGUCCGUUGCUGAACGCCAAGUGGGUUUCUAUCGUUUGCGCAAGAAAAAUGCAUAUUGUUUUAUCAUUAUAUGCCAAGAGAGCUCCUGGAGGGGUACUCGCGGGAUUGCUCCCUCUAAUGACGUCGCAGUCUAUGGCUACCAGGGUUUUACACUUUGUGCGGGAUCCUCGAGCAGUUGUCUGGGAAAUGGUCUCCAAAGACAGGCACUCGGAGAAAAACUCACACCAACUCACCACGCUCGAGAAUAAAAUCAUGAAGCGCUGUGUCCAGUUGAACACGGAUUCUGAUUUCCUUCGAUCACUACCUAGCGAUCUGGCACAACAAUACCAGAUUAUAAGAUACGAAGAUGUUGGUAGAAAUCUCGUUAAAACAGCAGACAUUGCCUUCAAAUUUGCUGGCAUUGAUAGAACCGCAGAGGUGAAUGAGUAUGUUAAACGUCAAAAACCUGGUAUUAAUAAUGAUGAUGAUAGCAGUUGGAGACUUGCGAUGGACAUGAGAGUUGUAGCUAUGAUAGACCAGCACUGCGCACAUGUUAUAGAAAAACUCGGUUACAAACCGGUUUUAAACAAGCGUACUUUAAGAAACUUGAACUAUUCUCUUUUAGAUAACAAUAUAAAUGUUGUAUAAAACAGCAAACGUUAGAAACGAAGGGUUAUCAGUAUUUAAACCCAAAGUAAACGAAACUUAUUGGUUUUAGUCCAAUACUGAAUUUCCAGGUGCAAAUCUUUCAUCUUCAUUAUAUUGUAAUUCAUCUGCGCCGUCUCCUACAUGCGGUUCACUUCAUCCCAAAGCAUCCAGUGCUGUCCUUUUAGUCAGUGUCGGAUUCAAAAAUCGAAUACUCUAAAACGAUUACAAUUCGGUUGAAAAAAUUAAAAACUGCGCCACGGAGUGACGCCGUUUGUAUUGAAUGUCGAGGAAUACGGUGAACAGAAACGAGUGGGGGUUAGGAACUUUAAAAAUGUGCGCGGGGAAAAAAAGAAAGAAUACAUUUGCCUAACAUGCAGCAACUUGUUWUUUAUUUGCAAGCCAAUACUCUCAUUUCGAGUGCGCCUUGGCUCAAUAUUAGCCUCGAUUGUGUACAAAUGUGUUCUAUGGCACAAUACAAGUUGAUUAAAAUUCCUCGGGCUUUAGUUGAAUAGCUGAAUAUUUUAACACACAACCGAUACUAAGGCUGAGCAAAGAGAACUCGAAACUGGAGCAUUCUGCUAAAAUGCAGCAACUCGUCUAGAAAAACCUAUUGACUUCGAGUCAACAUGGCCGCCACGAUUCAGCACUCGGAUGCGCAAAUAUAAGAAUUAUCUUGAUAUAUCAAAAGAAAAAAGAUCAAGACAAUUUCA